GAAGAAUGUGACUUCCGGUGCUAGCAGCGUUAGCAUGGUUAGCUUGUGUGUGGUCGGUGUGUGUGUGAGUGUGUGAGUCUGCGCAGCAACAAUGUGUUCCGUGGAGCCUCUGAGAGAGUUUAUCAGAGAGAGACUAACUGCUGCUGCGGAGGAAAUCUGCUCCCAGCUGGAAAGAACCAUCGUCCGCUUCGAGGAGGAGAUGGACCGUCAGCGCAGACUGCUGGACCUCACCUGGAGGCCCCGGCUCAGCUUACAGCCAGCAGACCCCCCAAAGCCUUAUAUCUGGAAACAUGAGGAGGUUCAGACUGACCAGCAGCUCUGCAACCAGGAAGGGACCCCAGGUUCUGAUCUGGAGGAAAUAGAAUCUGGGCAGAUUAAAGAGGAACAUGAUGAACUCUGCAUCACUCAAGACACAGAACCGCUUGUACCCAAAGAGGAGUCUCAUACCUUUAAGGUGAGUCCUGUUUCUGAGCAGGACCAACCCACGGAACUGGAACCAAACACGGACCUCAAGCAGGAGACCGAUACCUUCUUGAUAAGUCCUAUUUCUGACGAUGAAGAGUUGAAAGAACCAGAGCCAAACAUGGACCAGAGUUCUGCUGACGUCGAGUACCAGAACCAGGAAGAAAGCACUGAUGAAGACUCAGGGUCAAGCAUAGAUGAAGAGUUGGCGCAAAGUAAGGGGACUGGCAAAACUAAACUAAAAAGGCACAAAAAGCGUGACAUGAAUUAUAAUCUGUCAUCUUGCAAAAUAUGUGGGAAGACUUUCACUCAGAAGUACUUAAUUGCCCACAUGAGAGCUCACACAGGGGAGAAGCCUUUUAAAUGUUCUACCUGUGGAAAAAGGUUCAUUCUAAACAGUCAUUUGAAAAACCACAUGAAAAUUCACAGCGGCGAGAAGCCUUUCUCAUGUCAGACCUGUGGAAAAAGUUUCAUUCACAGGAUGAAUUUAACUCUCCACAUGAGAACUCACACUGGCGAGAAGCCGUUUCCAUGUGAAAUUUGUAGUAAAAACUUUGCUAGCAGGAGUCAGUUAACCACUCAUGUGAGAACUCACACGGGAGAGAAGCCUUACACAUGUAAAACCUGUGGGAAGAGUUUUAGUACAAGAGGUACUUUGAUUAGCCAUGUUAGAAGCCAUACAGGUGAGAAACCGUUCUCAUGCCAGAUCUGUGGACAGAGUUUCACCCAGAAACCAGGUCUCACAGUUCACUUGAGAAAACAUACAGGAGAGAAACCGUUCAUGUGUCAGACCUGUGGAAAGAGUUUCAAUCAGAAAAGUGCCUUGCUCACACACAUAAGAACUCACACGGGUGAAAAGCCAUUUUCAUGUUUGACUUGUGGUCUAAGUUUCAUUAUGAAGAGUAGUUUGACUCAGCACAUAAGAACUCACACAGGGGAGAAGCCUUACUCCUGCCAGAUCUGCGGGAAACGGUGCAGUUUAAAGGGUAAUCUGAAGUUCCACAUGAGGAUUCACACCGGGGAGAAACCUUAUUCAUGUCUGACCUGUGGAAAAAGCUUUGCGGUAAAAUGUCAAUUAACUCGUCACAUGAGAACUCACACAGGUGAGAAGCCUUUCUCAUGUCAGACUUGUGGAAAGGGUUUUACCAAGAACCUUUAUUUAAUCGCCCACAUGAAAACUCACACAGGUGAGACUGUUUAACCGUGUCACCGUUUUGACUUCCAAGUAAUCAGAAUACUUAAGAACGUCUUCUCUUAGUUAAUUUGAUUUGUCUGGGUAUUUGGUAUUUUAUGUUUUAGAGCAGCAGCCUGCAAAGAUGAAAGUUAGGAAGAGAAGCGGACCAGAACUAGAACAGAACAUAACAUUAUAUACCUGUCCUUUGGAAGUAAGAAUUCAGUGGAGUUUCACAGCAGCAACGGACCAUUAAGGAAACGGCACGCUGUUGUCUGUCAUACACUAUGUGUCACUGUUGAAUAUAACCAAAUCCAACCUAUUUCCUCUGGUAAUCAUGAACAGCAGUAAAUGUUGAACCUUCUAUAUUAAAGCUGCUGCUUUAUUUAAAUGCAUGAAAUAAACCUCCUGCUCUAAUUUUGUUUAUUAAAUAUUCUGUCAGUUGUUGCAGUUGGCAUGAUCUUAUAUUAUAAAGACCGGUCACCAUUAUCCUUUGUUAUUCAUUUAUUCACUGUUUCUCUGUAAGUAAGAAAUCUAAUGUAUUAAUAAUGGCUCAUAUUGUGUGCUAAGCUGUUCAGAUCUCUGUAAAAAAAACACAAAUA